AUUUACUCUCUCUGAUCUUUUGGACAACCCUUUGAACUCGACCCCUGGGCAGGCGGCUCUAGGUCAAGUCAGGACGGGCACAAUGCGAGGCACACCACUUCCCAUGCCACUGCAGACGCUGCUCCUGCUGCUGCUCACAACCACCCCGGCCCCGACCCACGCCUUCGAGAACGACUUCAGCGCCUACCCGGCGGGCUCGCAAUCAUGCAUGUCCUCGUCGGCGGACGCGAGCGGGUGCACAGGCGACACGGGUCAGGAGAUGAACUCGUGCCUGUGCACCAACGGCGGCAACUUCAUCUACAACGUCGCGUCGUGCGUGUCCAAGGAGAGCCCGAGCGACCUGAAGACAGUCUACGCCACGCUGCAGAACAACUGCGACGGCACCGGCGUCAUCAUCACCGUGGGCGAGGCUGCCUUCCUGGCCCAGGCGAGCGCUGCCACCGAGACCCAGGCCACCGCAACGGCUACGCCUACGACGACGACGACGAGUCAGACGGCUACGGCAACCACUACAGGCAUGACGACGACGACGACGACGACGGGCACAGGGGGCCCCAUAACGACGACGACGACGGGGGCGACGAGUAGUCCGACCAGCACAGGAGCCGCAGGCAGCGCCGGCCUGUCCACGGGCGCAAAGAUCGGCAUAGGGGCCGGCAUAGCGAUCGGGGGGAUCCUGUGUCUCCUAGGCGCUGUGUUCAUCUGGGUGUACAACCGGCGGCGGCGACCGGCGCCGGGCGGCGCAUACACGCAGACGGGGGGCUCGCCGCUGCCGGGGGAAUACAGCAGCACGUUCGGGACCAGCAGCACCGCACAGGAGCUGCACAGUCCGUAUCCGGAGAACAGCGCAAUCCCGCUGUCCGCGUCGACGGGCUGGAACACGGUGUCGCCCAUCGGGACCCACUCGACCAUGGCGGCGGGCGGCAUGGGGGGCAUAUUCUACAAGCCGCAGGACGCGCAGCAGACGACGAUGAAUACUACUACUGGUGGUGGGGUUGGUGCGGGACAGCCGCUGCUGGCGGUGGCGGAGCUGGGCACGGAGCAGCGACAAGGACCGGUGGAGUUGUAUGCGCCGCAUCACCCGCCAGACGCGGGCAGUCAUCUCACGCCUGGGUUCCGGGCGGAGCUGCCGGGGGGUGAGAUUCCGGAGAGGUAUCGGAGUCCGCCGGGCAGCCAUUCGCCGUAUUCGCCGCCUUAUGAGAGGAGUCAUUUCUGAGACGGAUAGAUGGAUGAUAUGUGAUAGAUUAAUGAUCAGGGCAACCGACUUCUGAAUUCAAAAAUGGUUCCAUGGAGUGAUUGGUGACUUACCGCUGCGUGUUGGGGGCCGCUCGGAGAUGAGCUCGGAAAGAAUGGUUUCGCGAUCACAAGGAACCUGCUUGGGUUCAAUGGAUCGGUCUUGUUCACACGUGCGACGAGCUGUCAAAACUCGUCUCGCGUAAUGCUCUGCCGCUGUGAUGGGAGUUCCCAAGGUACCAAAUCAUGCGACUAUAUUUGGAGAGGAUUAUUCAAGAUGAGUUUGGGUAUCAAGAACGUGUACAUAUACGGUGCAUGG